UGGUCUCCCUGCUGCUCUGUGUGUUCGCGGCCGUGAUGGUCGACAUAUUCAGCAAACAGAACGGGGGCCCUUCCGUCCAAGACAUGCUCUUCGCAAACUGGUGGAUGUAUUUCUCUAUUUUAUUCUACGAAGCUUCGCCACGGCCGCCGCGUGGUACGCCAUCCAGGAUCAUAUUCGCCAUGUGGUGGCUGACGGUGCUGGUGCUUAUGAACGCCUUUACGGGUCACAUGAAGGCCACAAUGAUGGUGCGACCCGAACCCGACCGCAUUGAUUCCAUGAAGGAGCUCGCCGAGCACGAGGACAUGAAGACCUUCAUAUGGGAGGGCACCGCCUAUGAAUCCCUGCUAAGGGGUUCUCGGAAUGUGCCGGAGUACCAAGCCGUGUGGGAGAUGGUCGCUCGCUGCAACGGCACGUUCGACACCAAGUCGCUCUACUCCAGAGCGAACCUCAUCGCUGUGCAGAAUGGGGACGCCGUCAUCGUCAGUGACGCUACCACGAUGCGCUUCCACGUGGCGGCCAGCUGUGGCGUGUUGAGACAGGGCACCUUCUACUUCUCGCGGGAGCAGUUCUUUCCGCACAAGUUUGCCGUGGCGCUCAACCGAAACGAAGAUCCAGCGUUCGUCGCCGUAGUUAACCAACGAAUCAGUUGGAUGAAGGAGAGCGGCCUGUUGGAUGCCUGGAUGGAAGAGGAGUACGGCGACUGGCAGAAGUGCGCCUCUGGCUCCGGUGAGGACACGUACAGCCCCCUGUCAAUGUUCGAGAUGCAGUCCAUCUUCUUCAUCUACCUCAUGUUCAGCGCUGCAUCAGCCAUUGGAUUCCUGCUCGAGCUGCUUGUCGGUGGUACAGCAGUUUCAGACUUCUACAUUAUGCAAACGGCAUGAAUCAGAUGCAGUAUUUGUUGUACAAACAAUAUUACUAGCGGCGAUUUUGCAUCGGGCA